AUGGAGACCAACAAAAGCGAGGACCCAGAGGACGAAUCUGAAGAGGAACCAGAGACCAACCACAAAAACCCAGUCCUUGGCAUCAGACAAGAGAAGUUGUCUACGAAUACUCCAGCCAAAAGAGCAGCAUCCACGAGGCCCAAACGUUCAAGCCGGUCAACAACCAGACAUUCAAAAGCAGAAUAUCCUGGCAUCCAACUCCGCACACUGGUGGACAUGACCGUCACCCAACUGUGCACGUUUUGGGAACAAAUUGAACAAAACCUGGAACUCAGAUAUUGUGAACUUCCUGAUGUCAGGAUCCCGAAGCAGAUGAGGAUAGAAGUGCGUGAAAUGAAAGCCAUCAGUACGGAUGCAACUACCAAUUUGAUUAUGAGGAUCGAGGCACUCCCAGCCAGGAUCAAUAAUCUGGGUGAGCAGGCUAGAAGCGAACAGGAUGAUCCAUGCGAUGACCUUGACUAUCUUGUGUUUCAUAAGUAUCUUGUGGUCUUGUCUGCUAUCUGUCAAGCUAGAGAGCUGAUCGGGGAGGCGGAUGAGAUGUUUCGGCCUUGGUUGUAUGAGUUGCUGCAGGCUGCUACCAAUGGCAUCCACCUUCGUCUUGAGGAACAGCGAGUUAAAAUCAAGCUUCAGGGUGGUCAAAGUUGA